UUGUUGUUAGCUAGUGUCCACGUCUCAAAAGUCAGGUGCACCAAUACGGAUUAGCAAGAUAAAUACAGUUUUUGUGUAAAGGGCGUAGUCUCAUUUUACUCUUUCUCGUGUUGUGAACAAUGGCGGUCAGCACUGCUGGCUCUGUAGCUGAAUUGCAUCUGAUGUUACUACAAAAAACAGCGGCUAGCUAGCGUCAAUGUGCCAUUUUCUCUUUUUUUAUAACACUCGAUGCUAUCUGGACUUGUUGAAGCAUCUAAAACCUAAGAGCUUGUAUCUCAACUGACAGGAAACUAUAGAGAGGACGAGGAUCACAGUGACUUCCCAGCAUUAACUGCAAGACUGAUUGAUUGCUGGACCAAUCAGAAGAUGGACUAACAAUCAAAACUCUCAUCGACCCCUUCACCUCCCUCCUAUCAGCCACCUGUUGGGCCCCCGUGGGCCCUCAGGCAGCAGGUGCGAUGCAGGGCAGUAGGCAAAACACGCGGCAUCCGCUGUGGCACCUCCUGUCGCCGUUCCGCACCCAGCAGGAGCGGGUAUUGCUGACUCGAAGCGAUAGCCUGCCAGGGGAGCAGGUGCUGAAGAUCACAGUCACAGAGACUACAAUGAUCGAGGCGGAGUCAGGGGUGUGGAACUGGCGAUCCAUGACCUACCUGGGCCUCUGGUACUUCUUCAGCUUCUGCACCCUUUUCCUCAACAAGUACAUCCUGUCACUGUUGGAGGGGGAGCCAAGCAUGCUGGGUGCUGUUCAGAUGCUCUCCACCACCAUCAUAGGCUUCUUAAAGAUGUUUGUACCCUGUUGCCUUUACCAGCACAAGUCCAGAACAGACUACCCCCCCAACUUCAUCAUGAUCAUGCUGUUUGUUGGACUCAUGAGGUUCACCACGGUGGUUCUGGGCUUGGUGAGCCUGAAGAAUGUGGCGGUGUCUUUCGCAGAGACGGUGAAGAGCUCAGCUCCCAUCUUCACUGUUAUCAUGUCCAGGCUGAUCCUCGGGGAGUACACAGGGCUGUGGGUGAACCUGUCCCUGUUCCCCGUCAUGGCGGGCCUAGCACUUUGCACAGCCACAGAGAUUAGCUUCAACAUGAUUGGCUUCUCCGCUGCGCUCUCCACCAACAUCAUGGACUGUUUGCAGAACGUAUUCUCCAAAAAACUGCUAAGUGGAGACACAUACAAGUUCAGCCCUCCAGAGCUGCAGUUUUAUACCAGUGCCGCUGCAGUCAUCAUGCUUAUACCUGCCUGGCUUUUCGUCUUGGACAUCCCGGUAAUCGGGAAGAGUGGCCGAAGCUUAGUCAUCAGUCAAGACAUUGUCCUGUUGCUGCUUUUUGACGGCGUCCUGUUCCACCUGCAGAGUGUCACUGCCUACGCACUCAUGGGACGGAUUUCCCCUGUUACCUUCAGUGUUGCCAGUACUGUGAAACACGCCCUGUCGGUGUGGCUGAGCAUCAUCGUGUUCAGCAAUCAAAUCUCUAUCCUCAGCGCCGUCGGCACCGCCUUCGUGUUCCUGGGGGUCUUCUUGUACAACAAGGCCAGGCAGAUCCAGAGGACCACCUUACGGGCCCUGGCUGCCGAGCAGAACCAAAAAACACUUCUACAGGAAAAGAUCUCUACAUCCCCUCAGUCACACUGACGACUCAGCACUAAAGACUACAAAUACUGCCUGAAAAUUGGUUCAAGGUAUUAACAAAGAUUCUCUUUGUGGCUGAGCAGAGGGGCUUAUGGGAUAUUUUGUCAUUGUGCACACAUUCCAGAUAAAGGGGACCACUUAUGUAAUGUUCCCCAAGGAUUCGUUUUGAAUGUCUUGCCCCUAAAAUCUCAAUUUGUAUAUGAAUUACUCUUCCCGUUUUAACUUGAAUUCUUGAAGAAAACUAAUUUAUUCUUGCAGGCGUCCGUGGUGAACUAAGAAUGAACAACAGGAAACAUUUGUGAUGAAUUGAAGUAAAUGGUGGCCGCGUUUAACAACAGCAAAAUGAUAUCACAUUGUUUACAAACUUUCCCACAUUUACAAGAACAUGCAUUUAGGCUAAAAUCUUACUUUUAAAACAUUUGCGCAAUAAACGUCCCACUUUCACAGGCCAAAGUGUUUUAAAUAGUAAAGCUUUAGCAAAAGUGUGAGUGUUAGGGAAGAUGUUGGCAUACGACUGGAGAAACGAUUAUUAUUUUGUGUAAGAUUUCAUGAGAAGUUGUUUGGAUAUGGUUAAGACCUCAUCUUCGAUUCAUAAAGAACUUUUUCUGUCACCAUGGAGGCAUACGAGAAAAACAGGGUUUAGUCCUGUGCAACAGUAUAGACAGUAUUUCUUUAUCCCUAGCUAGAUGAUGUACUCACUUACACACCCUUGGCUUUAUCUAAUAUCGGUCAGUGAAAGGGAGGGAAGCUCAGGGUGUCCUUCAGCUAAAUGAAGGAAGUGACUUCUGUAAGAUCUUUGUCUUACAUGUGCAUUCCAGAGUGUUUCUUUCUCUCUGUGGUACAGCAGCUGCUGCUGAAUGUAUGCUAUUGUGAAUAUGUGUAAAGCAUUGAAGCUGUAAGGUUAUAAUUCUGUGGUGGUGUAAGCAACACUGUAUCAUACCUGUGUAAAAAUUUGAUUGCAUCUGAAUAUAACAUCAUCAGGGUGCCUGGUGACAAAUGUUUUUAACAAUGUGUGAAAUAUUUUAAAGCCACAUACUGCAUUCUACGAAUGCUCAUCCUCUAUCAUAUACGUUGAUGGUGUAUGUAGAUGUUUGUGUACUUUUUUUUUCUUUGUAAACUGGCUUUCCCCCCAAUGCAUGCUGGGAAAGCAACCUUGCCAACCUUAAAAAAAAAAGGGGCCUUUGACAUAAUGUAUUGAUGAGCAGCUGUAGAUCGCGAAUUCAUAAUCUCAAAGAUUAUUUUUUUUGUUACAGCUUGGGUUUUAUUUUGUUGUCCUGCCUCUCAGUUUAUCUCUAAAAUUCUUCAGAUUAGAAGGCAAACUGUUACGCAAUCUGUCUGUUAAAGAUUCAUCAAAGCUAACAAAACAACUCCCUAAUUCAACCAUGACCCACUGUAGUUGAUUGCCUUCUUGUUCAAUGAAUGAUAAUACGCGAUAACACAAACACGGUCUGUUUUCUUUCCUCAUUGGAUCUAUUUAAAGCCAUAUCACUGUGUUCCAGAUGUCAGCUAAUUACGUUAUUACAAAUAGCACAAGAAAUGGCCUGAACAAAAAUAAAACCCAGUUUGUAGUAAUAGUUAUUAUUUUUUAUUAUAAGAAGCUUUGGGCCACAUGCAACAAACCCUGUUUAUUGUUACUAUCGAUGUAAUGCCACAGUUCUUGAUAAGAUCUGUAUAGACAAAUGUGUGUUUCCUACAUCGUUAUUUUAACCAAAAGCAGCUGCAUGGUGCCAAUAAUCAGAUUCUUUUUCACUAUACUGCUACAAUCUUUCUGCCUCAAGUCUCCUACACAAAUGGUGUUAGGUUCAGGCUUCUCGUCUGUUUUAUGGUUGGACAAAUCCAUGAUGAUCAUUGUCAGUCUGGCAGUUACGGUUUGAGCAUUUUCAUUAUGUUCUACUUUUGUGCCUCAAGAAAAGUGUCUUUUGUUCUUUAAUUUGAUUAUAAAUGUUGUCUGACUUGAACAUAUUUCCAAUAACUUCAUGUCCUUCUGUUUUCCUUUUUAAUGUUGAUAAGUUGUUUCUUGGUGCCAUUUAAAUCCAGGAGUAGGGAAAUAUUUGAUAUUGAUUCCCUACAAAUAUAUCUUUCUACAAUUCUCUUCCGUCUUUGGAAUGAUGUUUCGAGAGGUAAGUCCAAAAAUGUUUUGAGUAUUUUAUCAUUAAAGCUUCAGAAGUGGAAGUGUUGAGGUGAGAGCAACUAUUAACUGUUUGGGAUCAAAGAUGUAAAAGUAUUCACUAAUGUAACUCUAGGGAGUUUUAAAUGAUGUUUGGUGGACAUUAAAGAAAAUAAAAAUAUUUCUAAGCA